AUGGGUCAAAGCAUACCUUUUGUACAAGGAAUGAAGAAGCACUUAGAGCUCGCCUACGAUAACUUGGGACAAAUCGAAACUAUGAUGGAUUGUUUCACGGAUGCCAACAGUCUCCGUAAAUUUCUAGUGGGGGAAGAAAGCUUCAUGUUUGAACCCGUUCAGAACGAGAUCAGGGAUCCGCCGCGGAGUCCCGUGGUCAAACAAGCUCCCCCCAGAGAGCAUCAUCGUUUCGAUGACGAAGGCGAUAUCGAGACGAUCAUGGAGCAGAAUAGCGAGGAUGCAGAAAACAUAACGAUGAACUGUUCGCCACGUGCGGGAUCCACUUUCACGAGACCAACGUCUCCGUCUUUGGGAACUUCGACCGUCACGCAGCGUCGGAGCAGUCGGCGUAGUUCGAUUGGCAUACCUCGACCGGUGCCCGAGCGUGCCCAGAACAGGUUGACUUCCGAAAUCCCGGUUAACCAGCAGCCCACGAACUCAUCGAAGAGCUCGGAGGAAGAUUCCUUUGAGCGUCGAAGCGAGUUGAGACAGCGAAGGUCGUCAAACCUCUUCCCUAGAUCUUCGACGAAACGGACAACUUACGUCAAGAUGCCGGAACCACCGCAGAUCAUUGUUUCGGAGGCAAGCUCGUGUCGAAUGUCCUCGACGAUGGAAGUCGAGACUUCACAGAAUGGGAACCCCGACAAUAAUGAAAACACCGACGGCUUCACUCUGACGGUCUGCGACGAAGCCGGAGAGCCGCCCUUGACGUGGUGCGAGAUGACGAGAGACGAAACAGAACGUUUGCCGCAGGCAGAAUUGGCGCAAAACGCUGAGAGGAGCCCGACCGCGGUCAAUGUGGCUCAAAUUUGGGCAAAUGCAGACAAUCUACGUCCACAGGGGAGGAUCGCACCUAGCGCCGAUGUUUAUGAGACAUUCCGAGGGACUGAAUCCGCGCUGGCAGACACGGGUUCAGCGGAUAAUACAGAGCUGGACCCGUUGAUGACGACGCGUUUCCCAUCUCCAGUUUUGUGUGAAAAGAACUCCGACCUCCCGACAAGUACACCUGCGCUCAACAAGAUUCAAAGGCAAGUGACCCCACCGGGAGUUUCAAUCAUAGUUGCCGAAACGCCCACAAUGUCCACACCGGACACGGAACCGACGGUGGUCAACCGUAUCGAUUGUCGUCGAAGAAAACCGAUUCUGGCAAAUGGGAGAGCGUCGUCCUCGCAGUUUUCCGCCGCCAUGCGCAGGAGUGUGCGGUUCAGUACCGCGCCCGAUGACUCUGAGACUUUGGAUGCUUUGGCGAUACCGAAGCCACCGGUCGUCAAAGCUGCUGUUAGUUCCCCUCUUGUGAAGCGAGUCAGGCCGAAAAACACGAUGAACCGUCAAGCGAGGAUUGUAGGAGCUGAGCGGAACGUCGAGGAAGAGACGCCAGACGAGAAACCGAAGACCGCUGAUCAAACCGACGAGCCGGCAACGGCUUCUCCUCAACCAGUGCCGAGGAAGACCUACGUCAAGAAGAAAGCUCCCGCAAGACCUGUCGGUCGUAAGCGAUCCCAGAGACAACCUGCGAAAGCCGAUUCCACGGCCGAAUCGGAAAGCGACGAUGCCGCAAGCAAGGCGACUUUCACGGUGGAAGGUCUCGGUGAGUACAAACUUUUCCUCUGUGUUAUUUUGAGUCUCCUCUCCCAAUGCAUUCCGAUCUCCCAUGCCCACGAUGAAAUCAACCGGAGAGAACCAGAAUCCGUCAUUCUUGUUGGAACCAUUUCGAGGGUCGGAACCCGCUCCGGGAUACGUAUUCCGUCCGAAAGCCUCCCGGAUCGAGGCAAAGGGGGAGCUCCCAUUCAUAUUGUCACUCAUUAUCCACCACUCCAAAGCAGAGCCGCCGAAACCAAAGCGAAGUCGAGUGACUACCGAAGCGUCGAAAGAUGCCUCGAGAGCCAGUACCCAGCGCCCGAACUCUUCGAAGGAUAG